AUGAACCCGACACUGUACCUGAAAUUUGGACAGUACACAAAGCAGCAAACGCUACAACCUCUCUGCGCUGAAAGGGGGGCGAAUAAUGACACCCUUUGCACAGUACAUACUGCCUUGGCUACCAGUAGCCUUAUUUCUCAUCACUUUGCUCCUGCAUGCAAGGGCCGUCGCUUGAAUAGGGUGGCCGAUAGCCACAUUACACUACGGCACGCACACUUUCUGGCCCCGCCUAGCGCCCGCAAGCAUUUCAUUUACGGAACCAAAAUCAUUGGCUCUGCGAGGUCAGCCGGUGAGAAAGACACAUUGCUGUGCAGUACAGGUACAGUAGAGACAGGGGUCAUGAGCCUAUCGGAGACAGCAUGCACUGGACAUGUGAGAGCCACGAGAGUAAUGCCUCGUCGGAAAGGAGGGGGUUCUGCUUCGUGCUCCGUCUUGUGGGCGUGCAAUGAGGUUGAGUGGUUGGAGGGUGAGAAAGAGGAGGAGGAGAAGUUGGAGGGGGCGGAAAGUGAUAUUUCCUGUUUUUCACUAUGUGCUUCGCUCGUCCUCUGGGAUAAGAUGUGCUCAGCAACCUUGUCUGCUUGCAUAAGUGGGCGGGGGGUACAUAUGGCUUGA